AUGUCACAAUCUUCAACUUCAUCUAAAGAGCUUUGUAUCGCUUGUUUGGCUCAACCAUACGAUUUAACUUGUACAUGUGGCGGUAAAUUCGAUUUUGCAUGUAUUAAUUUACAUGCCAUGCAAAUUCGUGCAGAAUAUGAAUUUGUUCAUGGUGAAACUGGAGAACGGUUACUGCAAGUUGAGCACGCAGCAGAAAAUAAGGAUUGCACUAGUACGAAAAUCAUUAUCGAAAAUUGGAGACAAAAACGUAUUCAAGAUAUAAAUGACAUAGCUGACGAUGCUUUAAAUCAAACUCAACAUACAGAAAAUGCUUGUUUGGAUGUUGGAUCAUUUCGAACUCAAUAUGCUGCAUUAUCUGAACAUUUAAGUCGUGUUGUUCAUGAACAAUUAGAUGCAAUUCAUUCAUUACAACGACAAAUUCAAGAAAAACUUGAUCAAUUAGAAAAUUUACCUGAACUUCUUCAAGAUGACAGAAGUUUAGACACACAACUUCAAUCAAAAUUAAAUCCAAAUAUAUUUAAUCAAAACUCAACAAUACAUGUAAUUGAAGCCGUUACUUCUGUGCCUGUUGCAUCUUUAGAUAGAACUACAUCAACAACUACUGAACUAUCACCUAUGGCUGCACCUGUUGUGUCUUUAGAUAAAACUACUGAGCCAUCACCUAUUGCUGCUCUACCAACAUAUGUCGAACCACCAAGAGAAUUAGUGAACAAUGAUCUUCUGUCUAGUUCAACAAAGGUAACUCAAGAACAUGAUGAUUUUGAUGCUGGUCGAACAGUUAAUAUUCAACGUGAAAAUCCAAUAAUAAUAUCUAUAACUCAUGAUAAUUUUGUUGGUACAGUAUGUUGUCAUGACAAUCAAUUACUGUAUAAUGAUUAUAAUCAAAUUACUCAAAAUUAUCGUUUAACAUUUGUGCGUGAUUUAACACAACCAACAAUACGACAAAUUAUUGAUUGGAAUGAUUCAGAUAGAAGUAUUGAUGGUGAUGAUAAAUGGGUACAAGAUAUAGCAUAUUCAACUAAACUUAAAGGUUAUUUGUUACUUACUCGUUCAAGUUUACGUGUUCUUUAUGAUCAAAGAAAUCAACUUGAAGGAUUUCAUGAAUUUCCAGAUCGUAAAAUGAAACGUGUUACAUGUAAUGAUAGAUAUAUCUAUUUAAUAGUAGCAGCUGAUCCUACCAGUCAUAAUGGUGAUGAAAUUAUUAUGAUGAAUUAUGAUAAAGAAGAAAACAUUUGUAAAACAUUUCGUGAUAUUGUAUUAAAUGGAAGAACUGACUUAGGUGGAACACAUGUUGGAGAGAUUAGUGAUCUAGCUGUAAAUAUGUAUGGACAAAUAAUGUUAGCUUAUCGUUUAAAAUUACAUCGACAAGUUCGAGUUUGUACAUAUAAUGUUUCAAAUGAUGGACAAAAUUGGACAAUAGUUAAACAAUUAUUACUUAAUGAAUGUUGGAACGAUGAUGUAUCAUAUACACCAAGAAUGGAAUGGUGUGAAAAAUUAAAUGUUUUUUUUCUUAUUGAAUAUAUAACAAGUCAUUUAAUAAUGCUUGAUAAAAAUGGUCAAGUUAAAGGUGAAUGUCGUUUUAUGAGUGUUCAAAAUCGACAGGAGUCUCCAUUAAAUUUAACAAUUUCAACAGAUGAUAAACUUUGUCUACGAUAUGAAUCAUCAAUUAAUAUUCACCAAAUAAUUGAUGAUAGAUUCUAA